ACCCCUAAAAAGAAUUAAACUUGUUUAGGAGGGAAAGAAGGGAGAGGGGGAACAACAAUGGAGGAACAAACACAUCAUCAUCAAUAUCAUAGGAAACAAACUAGUAGUUUUGGAGAUUCCAAGAUUGUUCCCCCCUUGGUACUUGUACAGCAUUGUUGUUCUUCUUCUCUUUGGUUCUUGUUCUUCUUCAUCACCAUAACAACCAUUUUCAUCACUACUACCAAUGCUCAACAAGCCUUUGAUUAUGGUGAUGCACUCUCAAAGAGCCUCCUUUACUUUGAGGCACAGCGUUCAGGAAGAAUUCCUUACAAUCAGCGCGUCUCUUGGCGUCACCAUUCCGGCCUCACUGAUGGUCUAGAACAAGGGGUGGACUUGGUUGGAGGGUACUAUGAUGCAGGUGAUCAUGUGAAGUUUGGAUUGCCAAUGGCGUUCACAGUGACAAUGCUUUCAUGGGGUGCCAUUGAAUAUUUGCAACACAUUUCAGAUGCUGGUGAGCUUCAACACACUUUGGAGGCUAUCAAAUGGGGCACUGAUUACUUCAUCAAAGCUCAUACCAGCCCCAAUGUCCUUUGGGCAGAGGUUGGUGAUGGUGACACAGACCAUUAUUGUUGGCAAAGGCCAGAGGACAUGACUACCUCAAGGCAAGCAUUCAAGAUAGAUGAGGAAAAACCUGGUUCAGAUCUGGCUGCAGAAACAGCAGCUGCCAUGGCUGCAGCCUCAAUUGUGUUCAAGAACACAAACCCACAUUAUUCUCACCUACUCCUACACCAUGCUCAGCAGUUGUUUGAAUUUGGGGACAAGCAUAGAGGGAAGUAUGAUGAGAGUGUUGGAGUGGUGAAGAGCUACUAUGCGUCGGUGAGUGGUUACAAGGAUGAGUUAUUGUGGGCAGCCAUGUGGCUGUACAAGGCCACCGACAGUGAAAUGUAUUUUCAGUACUUUAUUUCAAAGGCUCACUCUUUUGGUGGCACUGGUUGGUCCAUUUCUGAGUUCAGCUGGGAUGUUAAGUAUGCUGGUCUUCAACUCCUUGCCUCAAAGUUCCUAAACCAAGAAAAACACAAGAAGCAUAGUGAUAUACUUGAGCAAUAUAGAUCAAAAGCUGAGUACUAUAUAUGUUCAUGUCUAAACAAGAACAACAAUGAUAGCAAUGUGCAAAGAACUCCAGGUGGAUUGCUCUAUGUAAGACAAUGGAACAACAUGCAAUAUGUUUCAACAGCUUCAUUCUUGCUCUCAGUGUAUUCUGAUUUCCUCAAAAGCACAAACCAAAAUCUAAAUUGUCAUGGUGGCACAGUGGAUCAUGAAGAGAUUCUAAGCUUUGCUAAGUCACAAAUUGAUUACAUUUUGGGCUCAAACCCAAUGAACAUGAGCUAUUUGGUGGGCUAUGGGCCAAGGUACCCUAAAAGGGUGCACCAUAGAGGUGCUUCCAUUGUGUCAUACAAGGAGAAUAAAGGGUUCAUAGGGUGUACACAAGGUUAUGAUAAUUGGUACAGUAGCCAAGAACCUAACCCUAAUGUUCUUGUUGGUGCAUUGGUUGGAGGGCCUGAUUGGCAAGACAAUUUUGAAGAUCAGAGGAACAAUUUCAUGCAAACUGAGGCUUGCACAUAUAACACUGCCCCCUUAGUUGGUGUUUUUGCAAAGUUAUUGCAUAUAGAGAACCAGAAACUGGUUCAGGAUUGUAACUCACUCUUGGUUGCAUCCUUUUAAAUAAAGAAAUAUAUAGAGUACAUUAAUACAGCAUAUGUUACUCAUAAGCCAAUUAAAAUUUUUUUCUUUUCUUUUCUCUUUUGUCUUCAAAUUUUUCAUAUAGAUGAGUGAUUUUUUAUGUUUUAGCUAAGUUUUUGUGG